AUGACUCAGACUCCAGAAGCCUUGGCCGUGUCUCCUGGUGACACAGUCACCAUCAAAUGCAAAUGUAGCUCCAAUCUUACCUAUUCGGGCAGAGAAUACCUAUCCUGGUACCAGCAGAAACCUGGACAAGCUCCUGAGCUCCUCGUCUAUGAUUGUGUCACCCGGAAACCCGGAGUCCCAGCCCGGUUCAGUGGCACUGGGACUGGCACUGAUUUCACUCUCACUGUCAGCAGCAUUGAAGCCACAGAUGCUGGAGAUUAUUACUGUCAGCACCUGCUGAUCAGCUUUGGACCUGUCACAUGUACCAAGAUGAUCUCGCAGGCUCCACUCCUCCGGCUAUUCCUGCUCUGCAUCCAUGGCUCAAGUGGAGACCGUGUGAUGACCCAGACUCCAGAGUCCCUGGCUGUGUCCCGUGGAGACACCACCACCAUCAAGUGCAAAUGCAGCUCCAGCCUCACAUCCACAGGAAAGGAGUUCCUAGCCUGGUACCAGCAGAAACCUGGACAAGCUCCUAAACUCAUCAUCGCUUUUGCUUCCACGCGGCAACCGGGGGUCCCGGCCUGGUUCAGGGGCAGUGGGUCUGGAACGGAUUUCACUCUCACCAUCAGCAGGGUAGAAGCUGAAGACGCUGGAGAUUAUUACUGUCAGCAGCAGUAUAGUGCCCUUCUCACAGUGAUACAAACCAGUCCAAAAACUUCCCGGACCAGCACGGCAGGUGCUUCCUUAAUAGCCACCUUCGUAGUCCCUCUGCUACACAGAGGGCACGUCUACAUGAAAUGA